UUCGGUAGUAUUAAUCAAUUGCCACAUGGCAUGCACAAAAUAUACAAUCAUUAAUCAUAAGUUAAUUUAAAUACAAAAUAUUGGACUCUGAAACCUCUAUAUAAACCCUUCCAUAAAUAUCUCUCCUCUCUACAUAGCUCUACCUCCACACAACCAGCAAUGGCAGCCGCUUCAUCCUCUCUCCUCCUCCUCCUUCUCAUCGCCGCCACAGCAGCAGCUCUCCUAUCCUCCCCAGCGCUCUCGCUCACCUGCGAAUCGCAUCAAUUCCCUCACCGCAACCUCACAUUCGCCAAUUGCACCGAUCUCCCCACACUCAACGCCUCUCUCCACUACUACUACGACGCCGCGGCGAGGACGCUCUCCGUCGCCUUCACCGCCGCGCCUGCGUCGCCGCGCGGCUGGAUUGCGUGGGGACUCAAUCCGUCUUCCACCGGCAUGGUCGGCGCCCAAUCGCUGGUCGCCUUCGCCGCGGCGAACGGAUCCACGGUGGUGAACACGUACAACAUCACCUCCUACGGUCCGAUCUCGGAGUCGCCGAUCUCCUACGGCGUGCUGAGCAAGAGCGCGGAGUCGUCGUCGUCGAGCGGCGAGAUCACGAUAUUCGCGACGCUGGCGAUGCCGCACGGGAGCGGCGCGGCGGUGAAUCAGAUCUGGCAGGUCGGAUCGGCGGUCGUCGACGGCGUGCCGGCGAAGCACGCGUUCGCGCCAGCUAAUCUGGCGUCGAAGAGCACGCUGCGGCUGGAUGCCGCAGGGGAGGACGGCGGCGCCCCUGCGCCGUCGCCCGGCGGUGGACGGGGCGGUAACGUUAAUGGAGGCGUGAGAAAUUGGGGGAGUGGAUUGGGAUUGUAUGGAAUUUGUGUGGUGAUUGGGGUUUUAAUAUUUGGAUUUUAAAUUUGGAUUAUUAACAAUAUAAUUAUUUUUACA